AACAACAUCGCAAGCUCUGACAAGUAGGUCACUCAGCUUGAGCCAUAAACUGACAAAUGCAGAUCUGUCGUGAAGGAGUCGGUGGAGAGCCUAUUGUCAGAGAUGCAGCAGGCGCGGGACUUUGGGGUUCGUUUGCUGGUCUUUCAUCUCGGCAACACUGGCCAGGUGGACGCAGAAGAGCACGAACGCGUGGUGGCAGCCACAGCGAAACGAAUACGCAAGCUCCUCAAGAAAGUUCCCGAGGUGGACCUCGCAGUUGAGACCAUGACCGACCGGUGCUGUGGUGAGACCAGUCACAGUCUGGACGCCAUUCAGCGCUUCAUCACGCUGGUCAACAUGCCCGGCAGAGUCAAAUUCUGUAUGGACCUCUGCCAUGUAUACAUGCAGUUCGACCUGGCAGAGACUGAAGCUCGAGGAGAAUUUUUGCGGGCGGUAGAGGGAUUGGGAAGGGAAGCUAUAGCCGCAGUACACCUCAGUGACUCGCUGGAGAAGCAUGGGACGAGGAAGGACUCACACACGAAUCUCGAUUUCGGAUACAUAGGAAGCGAUGCGUUUAGGGAGAUCCUUCGCCACCCAUCAUUCUCCAGAGUUCCCAUCAUCCUCGAAACACCUGGUUAUUUCUGCGGGAAUCGGGACAGAGAUCAAGGAGUUCCGGCGCAGAUUGGAUGCUUGGAGCGUGCAAGACACGAACUAGAGAUACAGCUCAUCAAUCGCAUCACGGACGCAACUGAUGAAGAAUGGGCCGCCGAUUGGAUAUCCAUACGCAAAAAUCAUCGGAAGGAGAAGGCUCAAAUCGAGACAAAGAUCCGGAAUCUUGUGAUGAGGACAGGUGGGACCCUCAGAGACACCCUCUUGGCCAACCGAGCAGCUGUGAACGGCAAGCUCUGUGCGGUGGGGAGACAUUGGGCGCGUGAAGGGAAAGGCCUAUCGGGAUCGGGUCGCAGGCACAAAAAGCCUCGAAGGUCCUCCCAACGGGCUGCACAUUUGUCGGACCCGAUCUCUUCUAUCCGUGAAACCCGAGCGAUGACCGUAUCAUCUCGACGACGCCAAGAACUUCGUGAGCGGAAGGAAGCGAGAGCCAAUGCAGCACAGCGACCUUCCUUCCGGGAAGAGUCUUGGGUACGGGGCUCGAGCCUCUUCAGUGAUCACUCCCCAGAGCCCGAUCCGUGGACUUUUGAAGGCUCAAAAGCGAGAAAACGCAAUAAGCGACCGAAAGCGGGCUCGACGGGAAUGAACUGGCCAAGGCGGGUGGACAUUCGGGACAGUCCUGCGUCUGCAUCAGGUGGUUGUCCAGUGGAGCUCUCACCCGUCAAUCUCGGCCAUCCUUCCUUAUACGAUACUUUGAACGGGGACAGACAACCAAGUCCCGGGCCGAGUCGGCUCAGGCGGGAGCUCCCAGGUGAGGAAGAGAGGCUAGGUUCGGACGCGACUGCGAUCGAGGAGCAUGUUAGCGAGUGCAAGGCACAGAAGCUGCGGAGGAGGAAAGACAAAGGGAAGGCGAAAGCAUAGACUCUCGAUGAUAUCCACU